GGCGGAGCUGGUGGACAUGCGGGCCGAACUGGUUCACGCGCGGGCAGCCUCCGCAGGCGGCUGCCAGGACGGCGGCGACGGCGCCGGCAACGUGCCGGAGGCGGCGCGCGCGCGCUCCGAGGCCGCUCAGCUCGCGCGAGAGAACGCCGCGCUGCGCGAGACCGUGCUCGCUUUGCACUCUGAACUCUUUGGAGCUAGAUUAGCAACAAAAUACCUGGAUAAGGAACUGGCAGGCAGGAUACAACAGCUCCAACUCCUCGGGAGGGAUAUGCGGUCUGAUAUUAGAGAUUCUCUAUGGGCACAGGUGGAAGCAGAGAUCCUGCUGCAGCGCCACAAGACACUAGUCCGCGUGUGCCGCGGCGUCGCGCCCCGACCAGCCGCGCCCGCGCCGCCCGCGCCCCGCCCGCACCGGCCGCGUCCGCGCACCGUGCGCGUGCGCCGCUCGCCGCACCUCGGGCUCGGCAUCUCUGUCACGGGCGGACGCGAGCACGGCGUGCCGAUUCUAAUCUCAGAGCUGGAAGCGGGAGGGCCCGCUGCGCUCACUGGGGAAUUGUACGUGGGAGAUGCCAUCCUAGCCAUCAAUGACGUUGAUCUCACACAGGCGUGCCACAAAGAAGCGGUGCAAGCGCUGCAGAGCGUGAAGGGUGACUGCGCGCUGUGCGUCCAGUUUAUAGCCACCGACGACGACGACCGGCUCUCUGAAGACAAUUACAGAUUUCCACUGUACCCAGAAGAUGGCGAAGUGUUUGGGGUGGAGCCCGACGGCUCCGGCGCCACGCCCACCGCGCCAAGGACGCCUGACUACAAUCGACGCACAUCGGACGCGCGCUCAGCAUCACCCAGCUCGGAAGGCCGGUCUCCCGCGCGGCGCUACCCCGACUACAACCACAUCAACAACAACCUGGCCAUACUCGACAUGGAUGACGACAACAUCAAGAUCGAGGCCCGGCUUGAGGUCAGCCUUGAGCCGGGGCUGUCGCGCGGCGGCUACGCGGCCGUGGGCUCGUCCGACUCGCCGCACUCCACGCCCGUCCACAAGCGCGGCAAGAAGAAGCGCAAGCCGCAGGACUGGCGCACCAAGGGAGCGUAUCGAGCGGUGGAACCGGACGCCGCGUCGUCGGACGAACCUCUCGAGCUUCCUCGCGAGCGGCCGCGCGAUAUAGCCAUCGUGGACAAGGCAGUUGGUGGGUCGCCUGUCACCGCGCCGUUGCCAGCAGCUCCCAUCAUAGGGCCCACGCCGGCGCUGGCCCCAGCGCCUUCGGUUCCCGCACACAUGGCCCCCGCGCGUCUGUCCUCCGCACACCAGGCUUCCGCGCAUCUGGCCCCCGCGCAAUUGGCCCCCUCGGACCCCUAUGGAAUCCACGCGCACAUGACGUCUUCGGAUAUGACCCCCGAGCAUAUGUCCUUCGUGGCCCCCCCGGUGGCCCCCGCCCCAGUGGCCCCCCUGCCAGCGGUCCCAGCGACUGCAGCCCCUACGCCGUUGGGCUCAUCUGUUGAGACGCCGCCGCCGCCUGCGCCCGAAGCGCCGCCGGACGCGGAACACAAACCGACCCGUACCACCAAUGGUGACGUCAAGCCACAGCGGAGAGAAACUAAGGGAUUUAGGAUAGGCUCAGCGCGGCGCGUGACUGACGCGAUGGCGGCGGCGGCGGCGGGCGGCGUAGUCACGAACGGCGACGCCGAACGUGGCAAGUUUCCGGCGCGGCUGUUAGCCGGCGACGGAGACCCGGACUUCGGCACGCCGGUUUGAACCGCUGCAACCCUUGACCCGGGCAAAACCGUUCGAUGCGUGCAUCCAAACACUUCUACGUACAUUCGACAACACAUCAGAACAUUUAUUACAACUUUGUUAGAUGCCAUUUAGCUUGAUGUGCUGUCGUUUUGGUACUACUAGACGGGAUGUGUUGAACUGAGAAGCUCACCGCGAAGGUUAGUUGUAGACUAACUUAACAAUAGUUGAAUAUGACCGAUAACACUGUCAAUAUUUGUACGUGUACGUGUGAAUUUUACGCCAUUUUUCAUCGAAAACUUGUCUAGUAGUAUACUUAGAAGUCUUUGAAUCCAUCCUGCUCUAUCUUCUAUGGUCGAUGAGAGCGGCGGAUGUACGAGUAACUGUGCAGUGUAAGAUUCCGCAAUUUUCAACUCUAAAUCGAAUUUGGGUAUGUUAUUGAUUUUGUCUUUACAAUGUGUAACUAAAAUGACGCAAAACUAAACUGAUACACAGACUCUUAUUUGUUCAAGAUCUGUUUACUUUUUUAUUUAGUCUACAAUAACAUUCAUCAGUAGCUAAAAUGUCAGACGCACGUUCACAGAUGUCGAUAGCUGUAUUUGCGCUUCUCGCGCCAAUCAACUUUAAGACUCAGAAUGUUGUAAAAAUAAUCUAUAAUUGAAAGCAAUGUGAUUUCACUCUCGAUUUCUAAUUCAUGUUUUGCGUUAAUUAAAUUACACAUUGUAUAAAUAUGUCAAUGCUUCAUUUAACUUUGAGAAUGUUAUUUAUUUUUUAAUAACUAAAUAUCUAAGCAAUCUUUGCAUUGUAUUUUCUUCCUUUUAUUAGGGAAUGUUUCACCAUUUGAUGACAAAGUCCCUGAUAGCCUAUUAGGAAUUUCUCCUUCAUAUACACUACAACUUUUGGUUUCAUAUUUCUCCUGUAUAGACAUCUCACAGAUUAGGUCAUGCAACAUUUAUGUCCAAUAACUAUCAGGAACUGAUGAAACUGUAUCCAAAAAUACUCCUUCGGUUAAUAUUCAAAGUUCUAUGUAUGCGGGAUCGUACACCGCCUCGAAAUCGUUUUGCGCAGGAGGUCUGUGAAGAACAAGUGAAUAUCGGCCUAAAGUGAGAAUAUUCUAUUGUAACAGCUCGUUCAAACACUCGGUAUGUUGCCCGGUGCCUCUUUGAAACGCACAGACAAAAUAGAAUUGCCGCUUACCUCGUCAAAUAGCAGUAAUAGGACUAGCUAGCUAAAACUAAGUUUUGUAGCACGUGGUGCUGUUAGAUACACAAUAAGAGCCGAAGCACACGAUGUGAUUCGGCGGCGGCACGACGCCGGAGCAGCGGUGUCGCUGCGUUGUCUUACAUACGAAUAUUUUAUCUUUGGCGCGACGCAAUACGGAGAAAUCUUUGCGGUAUAGCGCCGUAACGCAUCGUGUCCUUUGGCUCUAACGCUCGCGCGGUUGCCUGGAGGCAUUUACGAGUGAUUUUUAGAAUAAAAGUUAAGAAGGAUGACGUCACUCCUUUAUGAUGGAAUGAGCAAUUUUGUAAAUAAGAAUUAGGAUCUGCUUGCCUGGAUUUGUGUUUGGAUAGUAAUAUGCAAAAUAAUAAUGAAUAUUGAACUGGUCUGUGAAGUAAUAGGGGAAAUUAUCUAUUUAUAAAAAUAAACUAUCCGCAUAAAGUCUCCCAAAUGGAAACAUGUAACUAUAAAAAUAUCUAUCUUUUAGAAUGUAUGCGGUGAUGUUAAUAUGUAUUCCCUUUUGAGAUAUUGUAUAAAAUUAUUUAUGAAUUUAAUAUAUUGAUUAACAUCACAAAAUUAAGUUAUUAUUUAUUGUGUAUAGCCAUGUCAAUGAGUGUAUAUUUUGAAAGUAGUCGAGAAUCGAAGCUUAGACGCUCUGCCUAACGGCCUAUCGAGUCCGAUGUGAGUAGUGAUCGCUCGAAUGUAAUUUUCUUUUGGUGCUUAUUUUAUUUUUUUAGAUAUAACUAUACUUUUUCUUGACAACUUUUAGAGUAAACAAGCCAUAGACUAAUACAUUGUCAUGUUUACGUACUUUAAUAUGUUUUAGCAACAAUUCGUAGCUGAAUGCAUUGUUACGUGCGAAGAACGCUCUGUGGCAAUUAUAAGAACUUCAAAGUCCUUUGAAGUACAGUCAACAGCACACAGCUUGAUGUGCUGUCGUCUGUACAUACUUUCACGUUGUAUUUUUUGUGGUUGGUUAGUAUUUUCGUAAAAGUAAUCAAGAUUAUCAUGAUAAAUUUAGUUUUUGUAAUUACUGCUUAGUGCAAAGUCGCAUCAUGCAGUAUUUAUUUAUGUAAUGGGAUGAGUCAUCAUCAUGACAUUGACGGUGAAUAAUGUUGCCCCAUGCGAGAAUUGUCAUUAAAAUGCUGUGAAUAGAUGAAAAUGUUAUACAGUACAAAAUCCUCGACUCCUCAAUGUGGCUUGAUAAAGAGUCACGCAAGAGUGUGCAC